AUGCACUGCUCGGCAUUGGCAGUGCUUUCAGUGGUUCUGGUUGCAGUCGAUUGUGAUGUAUACUUCACUUACGGAUCUGGAAUCGAGCAAUGGGGUCUUAUUAGUAAAUAUUGCGAAGGAGAAAGACAAAGCCCUAUUGACUUGGAUACAAGUGUUGCGAAGACUGUACCGGAUCCCAUUCCUUUGGAGUUGGUUAACGUUAAAGAGAAUCCUAUCAAUGUUAGGGUCAAAAAUAAUGGUCACACAGUUAUUUUCAGCCUCACAUAUCCAGCGUCCAAGGGUCUCGGUCUACGAGGAGGUCCCCUCGAAGGAACAUUCAACUUUGCCAGUUUGCAUUUCCACUGGGGCUCCGAGCAUACGAUUGACACGGAAUGGUUCCCCCUCGAGAUGCACAUGGUUUUCUACAACCAAGACUAUGGCUCUCUACACAAAGCUCAAUUUCAACCGAAUGGGUUAGCAGUGCUGGGCUAUUUUUUCUCCAAUCAAUCCGGAACAGAAUCCAGACGAUGGGUGGAUUCACUGAAAUCGGUGAAGAAGGCGGGGUCUGGAUAUACAUUUGUUCAUCCAAGCUAUAUGAAUUUGGCCCGAAUAAUUGGCUUGAAACCAAAACCGUACUUCUACUAUCGGGGAAGUUUAACGACGCCUCCUUGCUAUGAGACUGUCUCGUGGAUCGUGCAAAAAGAGCCUCUAGUAAUUAGUUCAGCACAGUUGAAUCUAUUCGAAUGUUUGAAGGGAAAGCAUGGCUAUUUAAGAGGCAACUACCGACCGGUCCAGAACUUGAAUGGAAGAACUGUAUGGAUAUAUGAUAAUUGA